AGAGUACGGACUCCUUCGCGCCGCUGUUCAGCCACAGGGGCGCCCGCGUAUACUUGGAGCUGGUGGAGAAAGAAGCCAACAACUCCUAUAGAUUGUGGAUAUUUGCUGGAUAUUUUCUAGUAAAAUAAAAGCCAUGGACGGAUUUUGUCAACUUUGACUAUAAGCAAUUAAGACGACUGUCGAGGGACUACGGGAAGCGGAUUCCUUAACCUACACGUAGUUUCCAUAGUUUGCUUUCUUCCACCAGCCCCAGUUCCUUUGGUUACGUUGAGUCAUCUGGUAUUUGCGCAACGAUUUCCUUUCCUAAGAUACCUGUUUCCAGAUACACUGACGAUCCAGUAGCGACAGACUUCAAAAAGGAUGUUCUUCGUGUGUUCGUUUUUGCGCCGCACAAUUUGGAUUGUUCUAACCACAAUCACGGAAAGACCAUUCUGAAUCUCAUUUUAAAACAAAAGUUUGGUGGUUAAUUAAAAGCACAAAGGACGAUAAAGCCGUUACUUAUUUUUGGAUUGUCUAACACCAUUCGGGAUGGAGAUUGUAGGAAUGCACCUGUUUCAGGUGGCUUUUAUAGGGCUCCUGUGGGAGGCGCUGUGCGGGGAGAAGGACUGCCUGCUGGCGGGGGACUCCUGCUCCAGCGACGAGGCCUGCAGCCCCAGGCUGCGGACGCUGCGGCAGUGUGUGGCGGGAGACGGGAGCAUGAAGCUGGGCCCCAGCGCCCGGAGCCACUGCGAGAACGCCGUGAGCGCCCUGCUCUCCAGCCCCCUGCAGGGCUGCCAGUGCAAGCGUGGCAUGAAGAGGGAGAAAAACUGCCUCAGCAUCUACUGGAGCCUGCACCAAUCAGUGCUGCACGGGCUCAGUCUGGUGGAGAGUUACCCAUAUGAAGCGGUGGAGAAGGGCUACGACUAUGUCCGCCUCGCGUCCAUCGCUGCGGGAUCCGAGGCCGGCAUGACGACGGUGAACCGUUGCCUUGACGCGGCGAAGGCCUGCAACGUUGACGAGACGUGUCAGAAGCUGCGGACGGAGUACGUCUCGGCCUGCAUCAAACCCUCCACCGCCAAAACCGCCGUGUGCAACCGGCCGCGGUGCAGCAAGGCGCUGAGGAAGUUCUUCGACCGCGUCCCUCCGGACUACACGCACGCGCUGCUGUUCUGCCCCUGCUCUGACACGGCCUGCGCAGAGAGACGCAGGCAGACCAUCGUCCCCGGCUGCUCCUACGACGACCGCGACCGGCCAAACUGCCUGGCCCAGCUGCGUGUCUGCAAGGCCGACUACGUCUGCAGGUCUCGAUGGGCCCAGUUCCAGUACGACUGCCAGCCGUCCGCCAACUCCGCCAACGGCUGCAAACAGGAGAACUACGGAGCCUGCCUACUGGCCUAUACCGGCAUGAUCGGAAGUACAAUCACUCCCAACUACCUGGACAAUUCCACCUCCAACGUGGCGCCCUGGUGCAGCUGUUCAGCCAGCGGGAACCAGAAGGAACAAUGUGGCGAAUUCCUGGCCUAUUUCACCAACAACAUCUGCCUGAAAAACGCCAUCGCUGCUUUUGGAAACGGGUCAGACACGAGCCCCACCCCCAGUCCAGCAGGACCACCCAGCUCAGGGGGGACAGAGCUACAGGACCUGAGCACCCCCACCGCCCCCCCUGCUGCUGCCAUGGAAACGGAGACCGGUGUCCUGAGCGAGCUCAUACCCACACAGGCCACGGAGAAGGACCGCUUUUGGGGCGACUCCACCCUCCCCUCCGAUGGCCUCUCUGACCAGGCGUCUAGCCACGCCCCCGGCCUCUUUCCGAGCUGGAGCUGGCUGCUGCCUGCGCUGCUUACACUCUGCCACCACUAGAGGGCACUGCCGCAGCCCUGAGACUGGACUCUGUGGAGCAGCAGGGGUGGGGUGGGGAUGGGAGGGGGGUUGGAGAGACAUAUAGAUAUUAUAUAUACUGUAUUCAUGUUUGUGGAGAGAAGGCGAUGCCUAUAUCCACCUUUCCCCAUUGUCAUCUCCUGUUCUGAUCCUAAUACCCGCAGACAACUACACCUGCAGGAUCUAUUGGGUGUGUUUGUAUGUGUGUGUGUGUGUGUGUGUGUGUGUGUGUGUGUGUGUGUGUGAGAGAGAGAGAGAGAGAGAGAGAGAGUGUGUGUGUGUGUGUGUGUGUGUGUGCAUGUGUGAGCGUGUGUGAGUGUGUGUGUCAGACCUGGGUCAAAUAUGUAACUGUUUUGGAUUGAAAUACUUUUCUGAGCUUGAUUGAUCUUGCCUGGUGCAAUUGAGCCAACCAGGAGGACCAGAAGGUGGGGUUUGCACUUUUUGAGAGUAUUUUCAUAGGUUCCAAUACACCAGACAAACUCAGUAAAGUGUAGAAAAGUAUUAGAAUUGAGAGAGAGAGAGAGAGAGAGAGAGAGAGAGAGAGAGAGAGAGAGAGAGAGAGAGAUUAUGUGAGAAGCAUCAGAAGUGUCAGGAAUUAACCCCUACAAGAGACCAAAAUGGCCGUCUUUAAAUGGAGUCAGUUUAUGUGUGUACACGGUGUUGGGGUGGGGUUCGGGGUGUGGACAGGGAGGGGAGGAGGGUGCUGGAGGCCCCACCCCUGGAACUGAGGUGUGUUUUGACUUCUUAUACAGUUUUACUCCCUCUCAAGGGAGAGGACUUUGUAUCUCAACAUUCCUCUGUGUAAAAUGACAAAACAAUCCUUUUUCUCCACAUGAGCUGAUAUUGUGAUUCAUAAUGUAAUUUUAGUCACUGUUUUAAUCAAUGAUGUCAUUUUACAUUUGUGUCAUAAUUUCGUCAAAAGAAUUGAAAAAAAACAACAAAAAAAAACAAGUUACGUUACCCGUACAAGCACCAAAAUACAUUUUUUGGGAAAAAAAAGAAGAUGAAAAAAGAAGGGAAAUAUGAUUCAACGCUUGAUACUUUUUUAAACCACUCGUAUUAUAUAAAUUGUGUUUGGAUAAGAACUUAACUACCUGUGUCCAUAGAUGGAACAAGGACUUCAAAUAACUCCAAUAGGCUUUACUGGUAUUAAAAAGACUGUUUCUGAUAGAUGCUGGAUUGACAACACUCUGGAGAAGUGGACUAUAUAUACAUAUAUAUAUAUAUUUUUUGAAAUGCAUUUGGAUCAGGAAUGGAAAGUGGACUCAUGUUUCAUGAGCUGUUCCGUACGCAGAGCAUAUUCGAAUAUUUGGAUAUUCUCCCCGCCCCCAUGCAGCCAAUACAAGACCCUGAUUGGCCAGUUGCCCAUGACUGCCAUCUCCCCAAGCUCCAAUUGUUUUUUUUGUUCUCCAACAACUCACAAGAGGUCAGCCAUUUUGUAUGAUUGAAAAGGAGUCAAUCUGGAGGCAAAAUCAAGCUUUCGUGUGAUUUGCAGGAACAAUCUCUUGUUUCACUUUGAAAACAGCCCCGGCCCAUUUCCUUUGUACCCAAUCAAUUGGUUGUAAUUGUCAGGGUGCAUCUUAAAUCGAGAGUAUGUGUGGGGUUGGGGUUGUGGAUUUUCGUAAAAAAAAAAAAUCAGGAUACAUGUUGAUUCGCUGCAAAUAAAAGCUACCGAAUGAUACGA